CCUCAAUCAACAAAAAAACCUCUUGGGGAUAUUCAAAACUCAACUGGCCUCAGAGUAUGACAACCUGCUCUGAGGACAGGAGUUGCAUUGGAUCUCCAGAAUUCCUUUCCAAUCUCUGCUCUGCUGUAACUCCAAAGUUCUGUGAGGUACUCUGCAAGGUUCAUCCUGUCAUAGCAUAGGAGGAAAAAAUAGACCUGUUUGAAAGGAGUAGCUGGCAUCAUUGCAAAGUGGACUGAAAGUAUAUGAAGACACACUCCUAAUUAUUUUUUAUUCCUCAAGUCCUCAGACUUUAGAUCCCCAGGAUACCAAGGUCUCUCUCAUGGCAGUAAGUUGGACUUUUCUGAGAACAGGAAUCACCCUUCAGAAGCAGAACUGAACUUCAGGGACCUCUACAAGCAAUCCCUGAAUGUGCCCUUCACCCAUAAAAAAAGAACAUCUUUAUGAAGUUCAGAAGGAAAUGUCCAUCAGGUUUUGAAAGUAUUUUAGAAGGGCUUUAUGGACCAAGGCUACGAAGAGACCUCAGUUUAUUUGAAGACUGUGAGCCAGAAGAGCUAACUGACUGGUCUAUGGAUGAGAAAUGUUCCUUUUGUAAUUUACAUAAAGAAACAGCCAGUGAUCGUGCAUCAGUUUUCGGUUCUUCACAGUCAACGCCUACAGAGGAACUGUCAUCUCAGGGCCAGUCCAACACUGAUAAGAUUGAAUGCCAAGCAGAAAACUAUCUAAAUGCACUCUUUCGAAAGAAAGAUCUUCCUCAGAACUGUGAUCCUAACAUUCCCCUAGUUGCUCAGGAAUUAAUGAAAAAAAUGAUCCGUCAGUUUGCGAUUGAGUACAUUUCAAAAAGUAGCAAAAUUCAAGAGAACAGAAAUGGUUCGUCAUUUGAACCAAGUCUGAUGUGUAAAAGUAUCCAAAUGAACCAAACGGAAAACUCCCUUCAGGAAGAACAGGAUAGCCCUCUAGACCUCACUGUGAAUCGAACUCAAGAGCAGAAUACUCAGCAAGGGGAUGGAGUGCUAGAUCUCUCUACAAAGAAAAGCGCAAGGUUGGAAGAACCAAAAUAUGAUCCCUUGUGUUCUGAAAACUCAGUGUCUGGUUCAAGCUCAACAGCUGAUGCAAAUUCAGAGGAAACAGCUAAUUUGGAAAAAGGAAAAUCAACAUUAAACAAAGUUUUGGAGUCUUUUUGUUCAUAUCACUGGCAACAGACUUUGGCUAUGUUAAAAUUCCUAUUACAGGAUGAAAAUGUUCCUAUAGUUUGCAGUUGCAAGCAAACACAUUUGGUCCACUCUGAAACUCCCAGUUCCCUUACUGAAGAGGAUGUUCCCGUUCCAUUUUGCAGUUGCAAUGGACACAUGCUGACAAAAAGGUGCUGUUUACAAAAUCAAAGGCCAAACACUUGUUUACCACCUCUGUCUGUUUGUAUUAAAGAUUUCCAUUCUUUGUCAUGCCAAGCUGUAGCAAUUGGAUGUAUUAAGACAAUGGUGAACAAAGCAUGUAGUUCUCCUAAGUAUUGUGCUGACCAGUUGCAAAAUUAUAACAGGCAUUCUGUGAAAGCAGCAGCAUGUACAUAUUCAGCUAAGGACUGUGACCUCUUAAACAGCAUUAAAAAUUCAAACAGAUCCCGCAGUCCAUCGCCACCUCCACUAUCACCUGUACACAGUAAAGAAUUUGAAUUGUCAGAAGGAAUGGUUAUGGACUUUCCAACUUUAGACAACAACAACAAGCUUGAAAUAUCCAUCAACCAGCCUCCAUCCCUCUUGCCAGCUGAAGGAAGCGAGGGAGAGUUUGCGUAUGAGGGUAAAACAUGCAAAGGAAAAGAGAUUGAUUAUUCAGAUGGAGCACUGGGAUCAGCAGACCAGGAAAGCAAUGAUGGUUAUAUGAACUCUGAGAAAGGUGAACAUUCUGCCAUUUUUCAAGAUUUAAUGGACCGCAUUAAUGAGAAGUUGAAAUCAAUAGACACUACAGAUCUAGCAACAAAUCUUGUAAAACUUUCUAGCAGUGACAGGGCACCAGAAAAUGAUGUCAAAUUAGGAGACUUCAUAACUUCUCUUUUGCAUAAUGCUAAGGCAAGUGAUUACAGCUUUAUGGAAUUACUUCGCCAACAUGAUAAACAAGUGGAAAAUAAAAUUAUUCAGACAAGAUUUCGCAAGCGUCAGGAAACUUUAUUUGCAACAUAUAAUUCUCCUGAUUCACCAGUCAUUCGACGACAGUCUUUGCAAAUCAAGAGGGAGCUUGCAAGCCUUGAUGAAACUCUUGUAAGAAAAAAGUCAAUUUCUGAGAGAAAUGCAAAGAAAUCUACAAAAAAAAUUGAUAAAAUGCAUCCAAAUAAAAGACAUAGUUUUGCUGUGAUAGAAGAUGAGACUUUGCAACAUCUUGAAAAUAAUCCAUGUGUGAAUUGCCAAACCAAACCAAUGUGCUUUCCAGUACACCAAACAGAGUCUUUCAAUCUACCUCUUACUGAUUUUCAGACCAGCUCCAGCUUUUUAGUUCUCUCAGAAAAUAGUGCUAUUGCAGCUAGCCAGGCAAAACUCCCAAAUAUACAAGGAGAUUGUGCAACCUUAAAAGAGACUGGUCAGAUUCGUUUGGAGGAUGAGAGUAAUGAAAUCUUGGGUAGAACUAAACGUAACAUUGUGCCUCCUGGGUGGUACUCUGUGUAUGUAACAAACAAUAUCAUGUUUAGAAAGUCAUCCAGCACAAAAAAGUCCUUGAAAAGUUUGGAAAAAAUGAGAAUAAAUAAAAAUCUUCAUGCUGAAGGGUGCAGUGACAUAAAUAUAAGCAAAAUUGUGAGAGACGCAAAUCUGCAAGUUGUUGUGGAGCGUUUAGAAGAUACAAUAAACUUAUCCAGAAAAACUAGCAACUCAUUGUUGGAUAGUUACAAAAUAAGCCAAAAAUUAAAAGAUAAUGCUUAUGAACAGGUUAUGAACCCAGCUACUAGAAGGGGCUUACCUUUCACUCUGAGCGAAAUGGGAUGCACAGGACAAAGCCUCCUUCCACAUUCACAUGUGCCAAGCAGCAGUAAAAUCAAAGCAAUUUGCGUUGCAUCAAACACCCAAGAAACUGUUAUAGAUCAAGAAAUUAAUGACGGCCUUUUGAAAUCUCUGACCUUUAAUUCAAGCAGGUCAGCUUCCAGUAAUGGCGACUUGCAUGUUACUUCUGAAGCUGGGGAGAUCCCACCUCCCUUAAACUACUCUAGUCCUAUUAAGCUUAUGUUUGUCUCAGAAGUUAACAGUCAUGAAGGAGUCAAAUACACAUUGACAUCUGCAGCUGCAUCUUCUAAGGGAAGCACAGAUCUUUGUUUGUUUCAAGGGCACACAAACGCUUUGUUGGAUAAACAAGCCGCAGGUGACCUUUCUCAUGCAGUCUGUGUCAAUGGUUGUGAUUGCAGUGAAAGUGAUACUCAGGAGCGGUCAGGUUGUGUUUAUGCAGAAGCUGUUACAAGUUCUUGUCCGGUUGGUCAAAUUAACAUAAAUGACUCAAAAAAAAAUGAUGAGGUUGUAGAGAAAUCAAGCAGUAGCAGUGAAUUAGUUUUUAAAAGAAAACCUGGUAGACCAAAGAAAAUAGGUCCUCAAGUAGUUAAGCAGGUUAAGAGACCCAUUGGACGGCCUCCUAAACCAAAAGUAGACAUGAGUGGAAGCACAAAACCUAGACCUGAACUUAGCUGUGGUGGUAAAAGCCUCAAGUCUGAUGCAGCAGCAAUGGAAGACGUUAACAGCAACAAAAAUAUUACUGUGACAGUUGUUUUUGGAAGGUCAAGAAGAACUAAGAGACACGUUUCUGAAGGUAACCUAAAUCUCAUCAGCAUUCUGCCCACACAACAUAUUGAUUCUAAUUUUGCCAAUGACGCCAGCAAAGCAAGGCACAAUGCAGAAACUGGAAAUGCUUUGACUGAAACAGUAAAAGCCUUCCAGAAUCCUUCUACUGAAAAGGAGGUCUCUGGUUAUGACUACGUCAGGCCUAUCAAGGGCAAUCUGGCAUCACCACAUCCUUGCAGCAAUGUCAUACGGCAGAUUAAGAAACCAUUAACCACUGUUCGAAAACCUGGCAGGCCAGCAAAAGUAAAAAUUUCCGGCAUAUCAGUGACUGUCAGUAGGCUUUCACCUCAGGAAAGAAAAGUGAGCAUCAGCAAUGGUUUGCCUCCUUUGCAACAGCAGAAUGUGUUAGAAAAAAACAUACCACAGGAAAGAAAAAAUCAACUGUGCAAUAAUAUGGGUCAAGUAAAGAACAUACAGAAAGAUUCUAGAGAGGAUGGAUCACACAAUGUUACUACAACAGUGUCAAGAAAACGUGAAAUUCCAUCGAGACAUUCUGCUAGAGACAGAAAACCUUCACUGCAUUUUUUGCAUUCAUUAGCAUCUUCUAGUGCAUUUACUUGUAGAAGUGCCUUACUACAUAAAUCUUACAAACUCCAUUUGAAAAAAGCUAAAGAGCGGAAAGAAAAACUUACACAAUCAAAUCAGUGCCCAGCAUCCAGAGAUACCUCAGAACAGAGAAAUCCAGGAAAUGCUAAAAAGGAUCUUAAGGAUGGUGGAUUAGGGCCCAUUAAUGAGGUAUCAUCAGAUCCCAUUUUUUCGUCAAAUCCCUCUCUCAGGUGGUGGCCUACUUCCACUUCAAGUGACACCUUGUUGGAAGAACUAAACAACAGAUUUGAACAGAUGACUAAUACCUGGUUGAGAGUGGGGGGAAGUGAGUUUGACAAAUGUGUACGUGAAAAAAGGGAUCCCAUUGAACGAGACUGUAAUACUGAAAUGUCAGACCCUUUAGACUCCUGCCUUGUAGGACUUGAAACAUCACCUAUAAAAAUGCUUUUCCAGAAAAAGUGUAAUAUGAAUGAACUCUGCACCUGGUUUAUGCAAACUACAGAAACACAGUCUCUCUCUCUUGUGAGAAAGGCAAAUGCUCGCAGUCCCAUAGAAGUAGUUAGUACUAAAGAGCUAAAGAUGGAAACUAAACAAUCUGAUCCUAGCACUUGCCCUUUCAGAAAGCACUUUAAAAAGUUUGCACUAUCCUCCCCUUCAAAACCAGCAGGGAAAUUGCAAAUAUUACAUAACAUGGUGAGGUCUCCAGUCUUAAGCAUGAAAAGUAAUUUCACUUUAGCCAGAUUAAAAAGAAAUGAAUUUAAGAAGUUGCAGCGUGAUAGGUGGGGACAAACAAAAAAGCUCUAUAAUCAGGCUCCUGGGGGCUGGAAAUCAAAAAAGAAAAAUCUGCAGUUAUUUUGCCAAAGCCAAUUGUUUAAGAGUACAAGUGGGGAAACCAAUGAUGAAACACCCAAGCUGCAGGAGAAAAAUACGGUAGAAAUCCAGCCCACUCAGACUUUGGUAGAGUCUCAGAAUAGCCUCUUGCCAACUGAAAAUGAAACCAGAGAUGCAUUUGUUCAACAGAUGAUGGGAUCGUCUGACUUUAACCCACAUCCUGGUUUAGCAAAUAUACUUAAGUCACAUUCAGAGGCAAAUGGAACAAUUCGUUGCCAGCAAAAUGUUAGAAAAGAACAAAGCCAAGAUAAACUGUUUCAAAAUACUUGGAAAGCCAAAACCUUUAAAGACUGUAGGAUAUUUCUGAGAAAAAUCAACCAUAUUGAGCAGCACAAUUCAUUUAAGUUAAAUAAUGUCAUUUAUUCUCCUGAAGCUGUUGACAGUAAAAGCACUCAGGCCUAUAUGGAAGAAAAAAGACAUCCUCUUUUAAGGUCCCAUUCUACAAAACAAAAUACAUUAAAGAAACAAGAAAAUGAAGUGGAAGCAUCUAAAGGAUCUAGUUCUUCUAAAGUGAUUGAAAAGCUGGAUGGCCAGUUUCACAGCAGAAAAUUAAGUAGUGGUGUAAACCAGGACGAUAAUCCUGCUGGUAGUUCUGAAGGUCUUACUAGAAUAAACAAAAGGAAAAGUCCACAAUGGGAGACCACUGAUACAAAUUUAAGAAAAAGGCAUAAGAGACAAUCAUGCAGUAGUGGACAAAUGGCACCUUAUUACCCAAAGUACCAAGUAGGUGGAGACCGACUACCUCGAAGCAAAGCAGUACAAAGGUAAAUUACCUGAGGAGAUCUCCUUCACCAACGGAUUGAAAUGUGUGGAAGCACCAGUUUGUUUCUGCAGUAUGCUUUCAUCUUCACUUACCUUGAGAACUUCUGUGACAGUGUUUAAUGACCCUAAUGUCUAAAAGAAAGACCAAGCCUGCUGGAGAAUCUCGUGAAAGAUUGUCAUUCAACAAAUCUGUAUCUGCACUUUUUGAGGUUUCUGCUAAAUGGUCUUUCUUCCCAUUUGAUUUUAUGAAUUUAUGCCUGCCACCAAUUAAAAUGGAUGUAAAUGCUCUUCCUAUUUCAUUUUUUUCCGUGUACUUUGGAAAUUCAAUGUAAAAUCAAAAUUUUAUCUCUACUCAAAGAAGUAGUAAAUGGUUGUAGCUGACCACAUUGUAGACAUUCCAUGCUUAAAUGAUCUUAGCAAGGUUCAUGUACUUGGUUCAUCAAAACUUUAUUAUUAUUACAGCUAUAAAAAAAGUGUUAGAAUAAAACCAUAUAAUAUACUUCUCUUUUCUGGAGUCAUACAUUCAGUAGCUAGAGUAGAAGUUUCUUAGUUCAUGAUGAGUUGUCUGUCCUUUACUUGACAAGUACUAAUUUUCCAGAAGGAAAUUUCCUUGGAAGAAACUGUAUUUUAUAAAACAAAGGUUUUAAGGAUUCACCUUACAAAAAUGAAGAUGUAUUUCCAUUUUACAGAGGUUUGUUGGUUUGCAGGUGCAAUCCAGUAACUGAAAGAGAUUGUUAUGAAUUCUGGUGGCACUAGAUCCCAAGAUGGUAUUGAGUCACUGAAGCAUUGGACAUGAUUAAAAGAAUGUGAUUAAAAAAAUAAACAUUCAUCAUGUUUUGA